UCGCUGGGGAGCGGACGGGCGUGGGGGGAGGGGUGCGCGAUCGGGGCGGACGGGGGGUCCCCGCGUGACCCCAGAGCUCGGGUGUGAAGGGCGCCGGCCUGGCCGACGGGUCAGGGCUCCCGGAUUCUGCGUCCAGGUGUCCGCCUCCGGCCCCAGGAUGGCCAGCGCGAAGCUCCUGUGCGUGGUGGCGGCGCUCGGCUGCCUGCUGGCGCCCCGGGUCCGGGCCAACAAGAGCUCCGAGGACAUCCGGUGCAAGUGCAUCUGCCCGCCGUACCGCAACAUCAGCGGCCACAUCUACAAGCAGAACGUGUCGCAGAAGGACUGCAACUGCCUGCACGUGGUGGAGCCCAUGCCGGUGCCCGGGCAUGACGUGGAGGCCUACUGCCUGCUGUGCGAGUGCCAGUACGAGGAGCGCAGCACCACCACCAUCAAGGUGAUCAUCGUCAUCUACCUGUCGGUGGUGGGCGCGCUGCUGCUGUACAUGGCCUUCCUGAUGCUGGUGGACCCGCUGAUCCGCAAGCCGGACGCCUACACCGAGCGGCUGCACAACGAGGAGAGCGAGGACGCUCGCUCCGCGGCCGCCGCCGUGGCCUCGCUGGGCGGCGCCCGGGCCAACACGGUGCUGGAGCGUGUGGAGGGCGCACAGCAGCGCUGGAAGCUGCAGGUGCAGGAGCAGAGGAAGACCGUGUUCGACCGGCACAAGAUGCUCAGCUAGGCGGCCGCCGGCCUCUGCCAGGGACCGGCCACGGGACCGGCCACGGGACCGGCCACGGACCGGCCACGGCCACGGCCACGCCGCCCCCACCCUACAGCCCCGCCCGGGCCGGCCCCACGGCAGCACCGGGGCGUCCUGGUCUCCGUGGCCACGUUCCCGCUGGUGUAACCGGGGAGCGUGGGGCCCCGGCCUCCAGCCCAUCCGCUCAGGUCUCCGUGGCCCCGGGAGGGGGCGGAGGGCGGGGGGGGCGGUUUCGGGCGCCACGUUUCCAGCCCCACAAGUCUGAGUGUCCUCGCGCCCCGGGAGGCAGAUCCAGGCCCCUGCCACUCCCCGUGGGGACGCGUGGUGCCUGCAGCGCCCUCUGGAGGCCCGGCUUCCCGCCCAGGAGCAGGCAGGGCUAUGCUCGGGGCCUGCCCUCACCGCCCCUCUUCAGGAUGGGGGGGGGGCGCAGGCUCCAGGGACACAAGAGGCUCUGAGCACCAGCCCCGUCCCAGCUGCAGGGCCCUGGUCCCCGCGGCCUGUCGGUCCGGAAGCCGCCAUUAAACCUCUCCCUCGAUGUGA